CUGCAAGGCCUGUUGGGAGAUGUAGUCUCGGUUUUCAUUGUCGUUUGUUCCGCCCACAGCCGGCGGGUCGGGACAUCACCGAACAAGAAUUUUGGUCAUCCAUUGUCCCGAUGCCCAGCACUUUAGGCCUUACAACAAUAUGAUCAUCAAUCCGCUGUAACGUACACCUCUGCCUUAGAGCACCCAGCUUUUUGCCGCAAUGCAACAGAUUUUAGAAAUGGCACUGGAUCGCGCUGAGUAUGUCAUUGAAAGUGCAAGGCAGAGGCCUCCCAAACGCAAACAUCUGUCUGGAGGAAGGAAAUCUGUGUUUCACAAGUUGUAUGACUUGUAUAUAGAAGAAUGUGAAAAAGAGCCAGAAAUUAAGAAGUUAAGGCGUAAUGUGAACUUGCUGGAGAAACUUGUAAUGCAGGAGACUCUGUCUUGCCUCGUGGUCAACCUGUAUCCAGGAAAUGAAGGGUAUUCACUGAUGCUGAGGGGAAAAAAUGGAUCAGAUUCAGAAACUAUUAAGCUUCCUUAUGAAGAGGGAGAGCUUUUGGAUUAUUUAGAUGCUGAAGAAUUACCCCCAAUUUUAGUAGAUCUCCUUGAGAAAUCUCAGGUCAAUAUAUUUCAUUGUGGCUGUGUUAUAACAGAAAUCCGUGACUACAGGCAGUCUGGCAACCUGAAGUCUCCAACAUACCAAAGCAGACAUAUACUUUUACGCCCCACUAUGCAGACUUUAGUUUCAGACAUACAUGCUAUAACCAGUGACAACCAUAAAUGGACACAGGAGGAUAAGCUUUUACUGGAAAGUCAGUUACUCUUGGCAACAGCAGAACCCCUAUGUCUUGAUCCUUCUAUAUCUGUUACUUGCACAGCAAACCGCCUUUUGUUCAACAAACAGAAGAUGAAUACCUGCCCCAUGAAACGGUGUUUAAAAAGAUUUUCAAGACCAGCACUGAACAGACAACAGGACUUUUCAAAUUGUCCGACCCCACCACAGCUCAGGCUUCUGGACUAUUUGCAUAAGAGGAAGGAAAGGAAGCUCACACAACCACAGUUUGACCUAAAGAUAUCCAAAACUGGAAGUUUUGUGGAUAUGUGGAAACAAAAUCAGUGUUCCUUGACUGUACCUUCAGAAGUGGAUGUAGAAAAAUAUGUAAAAGUGGAAAAAUCUAUCAAACUUGAUGACUCGCAGCCUACUGUCUGGCCAGCAGAUGAUAUGAAAGAUGAUUACCUAUUUGAAUGUGAAAGCGGCAAACCAUUCCAAAAAGCAAAGCUAACUGUUUCACAAACUGUAGGAAAUCCCCUGUUCUUUGGUAAAAUGCAAACCUACAAAAGUGAUGACGAAAGUGAUCUACCUGUUUCUCCAUUUUUAAUUGGAUCCCAGAUUGACAUUGACAGAGUUGUCAGCCAGUAUCAGGAUUUAUUUGAAAUUGAAACUAAAGGUCUUGUGAAAAUGACACACACUGCAGUAGACUUAGCAAGUUUUAAUCAGCUUUCUCCGAGCCAUGAUAUUGAGUCUGACAGUCUGACGGGCUCUUUUCAGUCAUCUCUUUUGGGAAAAGGAGUCAAGCACAGACCACCUCCUAUUAAACUUCCUUCUAAUCCUGCAAGUAGCUCUUCAGGUAAUAUUUUUAGUUCCCAGCAGUCAAGUGGCCACCUUAAAUCUACAACACCUCCUCCAUCUAAACCUCCUAGUAUCUCUCGGAAACAGUCUGUGGACCAUAAUCAAGUCAACAUGCUUUCUCCUUCCGCAUUAUCUCCUGCAAGCUCUUCACAAAGAUCUGGAACUCCUAAACCACCUACUCCUACCAACACCCCUUCAUCGACACCGCAUCCUCCUGAUGCUCUGACCACAACUCCUCUCACCCCUUCUGUCACUCCCACACCCCAAGACCCAAGUUUUAAUUCACAACCCACUUUGCUAACUCCGUUUGCUCAGCAGCAAAUGUCUCUGAGUCAGGGACUGCCUGUUAUGACCAUUCCACUGUCCUCCAUGGUAACAUCUGUUACUACAGGAACAUCUUCCAACCAAGUCAUGACAAACCCUGCUGGACUUAACUUCAUCAAUGUAGUUGGCUCUGUGUGUGGCCCACAGACAUUGAUGAGUGGCUCAAAUGCCAUGCUGGGGUGCAAUUCUGGCGCCAUAUCCCCUGCAGGGAUAAAUCUGAGUGGCAUUUUACCAUCAGGAGGCCUGGUGCCAGGUGCACUGCCGGCCGCCAUGCCGUCUGCCUCUCAGGCAGGUGGCCCUUUUGGUUUAAAAAAUUCAUCAAGUCUGAGGCCUUUAAAUCUCCUGCAGCUUUCUGGUGCUUCACUCAUAUUCAACCCCAUGCAGCAGCAACAGCCUCAACUUUCUCAGUUUUCACCUCAACAAUCUCAGCAGACAUCAGCGUCUAGUCCACAACAGCAGGGAGACCAACUGGGACUUUUACCAUCGGCAAUGGACCAAGUUUCUAAUAGUCAAGAUCAAACACUAUCAUCCCAGCAAGCAGCAGUUAUUAACUUAACAGGAGGUUUCAUGCCUUCCCAGACAGCUGUCGCAAUUCUCGCAACAUCAAAUGCUGUGAACGGCUAUAGCAGCAAUACAAACAGCACCACUCCAGCAUCUACUUCAUUUAGACAACAAAUCAAGAAAUAAAAAGGGUGAAUGAAGUAGUAGCCUUGUGCUUCUCACCACUACUACAGGAGACGGAAAUACGUUAAAAACAAAACCAAUAAUUGCCUUCCAUGUUUUUAUAAUACCGUAAAUGUUUCCAACAUGAAGAAAGACAGAAGAAAUGUUUGAAAUAUCUGACGAUGAGUCAUUAAACUGCACUAAUUUGGACAUGAAAAUUUGGGGGUGGGGGAUAUUUUAGGGAUUUCACAUGGGGGUGAAUAAUUUUAAGAGGUUUUAUUGUGGGGGGGGGGGGAGAAAUCCCAUGUGCUUUACACACUGCAUUGCUAGGGACAGAACUCUGUAUGUAGUAAAGAAGUUUAUUUAGUACAAAACUUGUGCAAUCACUUUAACAAUACAACUUUUUACAUGUCAAUUUUAUAAUUCACUUUUAGACUUUUUAUUCUGAAUUUACACUCUCCAGUACUUCGUUUAGCAGAGACUUUACUUCCUUGUGUCGUGUGAUCGCUCGACUGAUACAUUGUUGAAGUAUUUCUGCAGACAGGGCACUACCACCUGUAAAAAUAAAAGCAGGGUCAUAUUUUAUCAAAUGCAACUAGCUUUAUAGACACAAUCUUUUUGUUCAUUAACAUCAUGUAUAAUGUUAAAGAUUUAACCAUGUCAGUGCUGAGAACAAAGUGUAGAACAGUAAGGGACACUUUUAUAGGUCUGUAAAUGUACAGGCAAAAAUCUUACAUAAGUAUUGCCUUUUAUUUUUAAGCAAUUCUAGUAAUUUCAUAGCCAAAAUUGAAUCUGAUUAGUAUAAACAAAAAAAUAGUUAAUCUAAUCCAAGAGAAUAUACAAAACAAUAGUUAAACUUCUUCAGUGGUGGUGCAGCUACCAGUGGGAUCUCCACUCCCUUAUUAACUUUGUUUUCUUUGCAAGAGGUUCACUGAUUUUUCUGGCUUUAGGAAGUCUCUCUCUAAACUUCCACAGUUGUUGAAUAUCCCGGAACCUCAGAAAUAAUGGCUAGAGCUCAUUUGAAAGAUUGUAUACUACUCUUGAUAAAGAUAACACAACGUAUGAUGAAUUGAGCCUUUUGAGCUAUUUUUUUCACCUGGAGCUGUUUUUAAGCUACAUUAGAACCAUUUGUACUACAGUGUUGUAGUGGUCCUGCUUUUAAUAAACGUUUCAAGAAUACAGGUACAAACUUCUGUGAGUAUCUUUCUUUUAGUUUUUUGCUGGUUCGUACUAUGUUUAAUAUCCAUUAAUUCCGAGAUUGCAAGAUACACGACAACUGUGGAACUGUAGUGAAUCUCCUAGAAAGAGUGCGCCCCAGAAUAAAAACAAAGUUGAACUUAA